AAGAAAGAAUGCAGAGAAGACCCAUUAUAAUCGGGUAGGAUUGGAUCCUUCCUAGCCAAUUCGAACCGGCUUAAUAGAGAGCCUGGUUAUCCCUGGCUCAAACGCAGCUGCUCUCGGGUCAAUUGAUAGAAAGAGCCGCGAGAAGAACAAAGGUGGGAUCUUCUUCUUCUUCUGCCGUUUAGGGUUUUGAUAAGAAAUCCCUUAAACCAAUCUCGUAAAAGGAGGACCCUUGUGUGAGAGGUGUGGGGAGAGAGAGGUGAGAUCGAGAGCUAAGAGCGAGGGGAGGAGGAUAGAUAUAUUAGAACAUUGCGUGCGUCUCUCAAACCGUAUAAUCUUUUAUCAUCUUCUUCUACCUCAAUUAGUCCUGCCAUUUUUCCAGGAUGUCGGACAGAAAGCUCGUGGUUUUGGGUAUCCCAUGGGAAAUUGAAACCGAUGGCUUAAAGGAUUAUAUGAGCAAAUUUGGAGAUAUUGAAGAUUGUAUUGUCAUGAAGGAUCGUUCCUCUGGGCGUUCUCGUGGUUUUGGUUAUGUAACAUUUGUAACAGCUGAGGAUGCUAAGAACGUAUUGGAUGGAGAACAUUUCCUGGGAAAUAGGAUGCUUGAGGUGAAAAUUGCCACACCCAAGGAGGAGAUGAGAGCACCAGCUAGAAAAGUCACUAGAAUUUUUGUGGCUAGAAUCCCACCAUCUGUAACUGAAACAGUUUUCAGAAGUCACUUUGAGAAAUAUGGUGAAAUAACAGAUCUGUACAUGCCAAAGGACCCAAGCACCAAAGGACAUCGUGGAAUUGGAUUUAUUACCUUUGCAACAGCUGAAUCUGUUGACGAUUUAAUGGUUGAAACUCAUGAUCUGGGAGGCUCAGCUGUAGUAGUUGAUCGAGCAACGCCCAAGGAAGAUGACUUCCGGCCAGUAAGUCGAAUGUCACAGGGUGGCGGUGGUGGUUAUAGUAGCGGUUAUAGUAGUGGUGGAGGUGGUGGUUAUGGUAGUGGCGGUGGUGGUUAUGGUAGUGGUGGUGGUGGUUAUAGUAGUGGUGGUGGUGGUUAUGGUAGUAGUGGUGGUGGUGGUGGUUAUGGUGCAUAUAAUGCUUAUAUCAGUGCAGCAACAAGAUAUGCAGCAUUAGGGGCUCCUACAUUGUAUGAUCAUCCAAGUUCUUUGUAUGGAGGAAGAGGUGGUAGUGGUGGUGGUGGUAGCCAGUCCAGUCGAGGAAUGGGAAAAAAGAUUUUUGUUGGUAGGCUACCCCAAGAGGCCACGUCUGAUGAUCUUCGCCAGUAUUUUGGAAGAUUUGGUCGUAUUUUGGAUGUUUAUGUGCCUAAGGAUCCAAAACGAAGUGGUCAUAGAGGCUUCGGUUUUGUUACUUUCGAGGAAGAUGGUGUGGCAGAGCGUGUUUCUCGUAGAACACAUGAAAUUUGUGGACAACAGGUUGCAAUUGAUUCAGCUACCCCGCUGGAUGGGGCUGGUGGUAGCAUUGGUGGUGGUGGUAGUUCGGCUGGUUCAAGUGCAAGUUAUUCGAGCGCGAGUUACAUGGACGGUGGUGUUGAACCAUUUGUUGGUUAUGGAGGUCCUAUAAGAACCUAUGGUAGAAUGUAUGGAAGCCUUGAUUUUGACGAUUGGGGAUAUGGGAUGGGCAGUGGAUUGGGCGGCGGUUUGGGUGGUGGUGGCUCAAGGGCAUCGCGAUCUGAAUACAGGUAUAGACCAUACUAGUAUUGGUUUGGGAAGAGGAAAAUAACAAGCAUUGAUUUGGUGUUUAUUGUUGGAAUAUUAAUACUUUAGAUUCUAUUGCAUUUGACAUUUUUUUACUUGGACAUGCAAAAUCUUGUACUUGUUUUAACUAAUCUUUUAUUAUAAUCAACACAAAAUAAUAUAUAUUCUGGAGCUUAUUUUAA